AUGCGGGUGGCUCCACCUUCUGGAUCGCUGGCCCCGGCAGCAGCCGGGGCCGCCGAUGAGCCGCCGCCGAGGAUUUACGAAGUGUGGAAGGGCAAUAAUGUAAGUGUUCGUUGCUAUCUAGGGUUUUAUUGCAGAUACGAGCUUAUUCUUCCCGUCAUUGAAAUCUUUGGGUAUGCUCGCGAUUUGGGAGAAUUCCGAUUACUCGUUGCCUGAAUCCUCGCUCGAAUUAUGCCGUGAAAAUUUGUGCAUCACAUUUGUUUUCUUUAAAGCGUGUUGACUUCCUGGACAAUUACGCGGCUGGAUCAAUUUGGAACAACAAAAGUCUACGAGGAGAAUAAUCUAUUUCUUCUUUGAUCUACGCGAUCUCUCUCUUUCAGAUGUGUUUAUCCUUGUGUCUUUACCUCCUAUCUCCUGGAUUGCGCCUUGCAGAUUUAUCAUGUUAUCUCCCACUUCUAACGGGAAAAGUUGGUCCAUGCCAAAUAUUUGGGAAUGGGAAGACUCGGAUCGUGUUUCAUGAAUGGAUCCCGAGUUGGUUAGCUUGUAUUCGCGUGGGAGCAAGGGUAUAAGGCUAUCUGUUAGUCUAUGGUUCACUAGAGGGUAUUUUUAUGGUUUCUCCUGUAUAUUUAACCUAGUAAUAGUGCUAGCCUAAGAGACGAACUCCAUCAUUAUGGUCAAGUUUCAACACUAUCUUCAUGCCCAGAACAAUAGUGCUAUGUGAUUGCUUGGCAGGGAUAAUCAAACUGUUUGCUUUUCUAGAGUCGGAGCAAGCCAUUUUAAGUUGGUUGAGGAACGCUAAUCGUACAUAACUUCUCUUUAUCAGUUCUUAUGCAUUGCAGAAUGAGUAUACACAAUUCAUGCAUUUAGGAGAAUAUAAUUGUACGCACAGUUUUUCAAUCAGAAAUAUGCUAAUUUAUACAUUUAAUUUACCAAGGCUGUCAAAUUGCAGCAUGCGCCACGAGUGAAUUCACGGAGUUGUGUAUAUCAUUUUGAUGCUAUUUCUUUUCCAUUUUUCGUACCGAUCCGUGCAUGAAGAAUCUGUCGAUCUGGGCUUCUUUCAUGAGUAUAUUUGUGCACGUAAUCGUUACAGUAUUCUCUGAAACCGUUAACCUGGAAUAUGAACAUCAAUUGUAUUGGACUCUUAUCCACUAGUUUUACUGAUGUUUUGUGGAUUGUGCGUUUGUAACACGAGCAUACAUAUAUGAUGAUUGUUUGGAAAAUAUUGUUGAGGAGGGUUAAAAUCCAGUAUUUGAUACCUCUACUGUUGUCUAUCCAUUCCGAAGGAAUCAUUCAUGAUACCACUUGAUAGAGGAUCAGUUUUGUUCUCACGGGACCGAAGCUUAUGAGGCAAAAAUUGUGGAGGACGAUAUAACUGUUCGUCAUAGAGGCUCUGAUUCUCUCCUUCAUCUAGAGGAAGUUGAUGUUCUCAGACACAUUGACGAAGAUCUACCCCUCUUGGGGAUUAUAGAUAUGAAACCAGUAUGAGGAUGCUGUUCUUGAAAUCAUCUAAGCCGAGUUUGGGGUUAAAAAAUCCGAGGGAAAUUCCAUAAAAAUGAAUGACUAAGUGGGGUCCCAUCUAGUUUCAUGUCAGACUCCAAACUGAAGACCAAGAGACAUUUAGGCAUAGCAAAUCACAUGAGAUUACUUGAACGAGGCUGGAGAUGGUUGUAGAAAAUGUUGUAGAAAAUUAGUACAAUUGAACCUAAGGGUUUGUGCCUAGACAUGGGAAGUAGCUUCUGUUUGCAGUCAAAAUGUGGCAGCGGGAGAAACAUAUGAUGAGGGGUGGAAGAUGGAAAUGAGUCAACGUUGAGAAUCAAUGAAUCAAUAAGCUCUUGUCUGAAUUAGGAGCGAGGGGCUUAUGACUCACCCGGCAAGAUUAAGAAAGCCUUUCUGAGCGGGUUUAUUACUUCUAAUAAUGUUCCAUCCUCAUAAAUACCAUCUUCAGGAAUUAUGUGUACUGAUAACUUUUCACAUAGGCCAAAGUUGAGUGAGAACUUUUUCCGUACUAGAUAUUUUUUUAGAAAGGAGUUUACUAGAUUAUUACAGUAGGCAGAUUGACCCCUCUGGACUCCCAGGUCUACCUGUCUAAUUGUACCAUGUCUAGCUAGCUGAAUUGACUUCUUCCACUAUUAGGUCAAUCUAUUUCAGUACCUCCUGAGCCAAAUUCUUAAAGAUUGAUUGACCCGCAAUCUGUCAGCCUGUUCAUUCCCUACUUUCUGAUCUACAUUUUAGGUCAACCUAACUUCUUUGGUUUUGGAGCACAGCUUUUUCGGAUCUACCACUCAUUGGCGUGGGUUCACCUGUCUUCCUCUAGUCGGUCCACCUUGAUAUCUGUUUGGCAAAUUUGAAGACAAAAGAAGCUGGUUCAGCCUACCAUCUGGCCAGGUUGUCCCUUCUUUGUUACUGGCGCUUUACAGUCUGAAAAAGCUGCCCCAGGGGUAGUUGCCAAGUUUUUCUUUGAAUCGUGGACCGCAGCUGCUCACAAGUGUCCGUUUGGCCAUCUAAACCGAAAAAUAACAUCAAAGGAUCUGUGGAGAACAUGAAUGGAAUAUUUUAGCUUGCACUUUCAAUUCCGGAUGAUUUGAAUUAUCAAAGUUCUCAUCCUUGUCUUCAAGGAGGCAAAGCUGAGGGUCUGUUCAUGCUCUUCGUAAUCUUGUGUUUUGAGCCCAGUUCUUUUGUUUUUCAUCCUUUGUGUGGCCAUUUCACGGCAGAAGACAUGGUUGGUGUUAGAAGCACUUUUAAGGAUGACGUGUUAUCUUUAUCUUGCCUUAGGGAAGAGGAUGUAGGCAAGGCGCGAAAUCGCCCCAAAUCACGUUUCCCUUUGUGUUUGAAAUCGCCCCAAAUUACCUCCGAUUCUAUCUUACUUUCCUGCAACAGAUUCUCAUAACCCAGCUCUCUCUCUCUGUGUUCUCCUUUACUAGUGCAUUGCUGGUCACUAUUAUCUCAUUCUCAUCCUUCUCUCGUCAAACAUCGCUAAUUUCUUGUUCCUUGAGGUUUUCAUAUAAUGCCUUACAGUUCAUUAACAUUUUUUAAUAUUACCAAUAAAUGGGUCAGGUUUCAUAAGGUUUUUACAAAAUUUCUUAAUUUGCCUCGAUUUUUUUAUUAUUUAACGGGGAGUAUACUUCUGAAUAGUUCUUGAUAAUCCUCACUGUACAUCACCUCUUAGUACUCGACCAUGGGCAGACUCCAGCUACUCAAGAAGGUUGAAGAUAACAGUUGACUUGCUUUGAUGUCAUGGAGGCCCAUAUGGUUUGACUUCCCCUUCAGCUUGGAGUGUGCCGCAAUCAGAACUGUGACGGGACCCAGCUUCAUGGAGACUGUAGACAGUCUUAGAGUUAAUGUAAAAAUAAAGGGAGGGAUAGGACAUCUAUGUUUGUUGAGUGGGAAACUUGCGCAGGAGCAAUCUAUCCAUGGUAAAUAAAAAUGGGUUUAGUUUCUGUGUGAGAUUUGGCUGCCGUUUUCUGGGGUUUGGUUAUCAAGAAUAUUCAUUUCGGUCACAUAACGGUUCGUUGGUGACCGGAUCACCCAGCGCCUGACAAGGAAUUCGUGCAGAGCGGCCAGCUUCAAAUGCCCUUUUUUUUAUGUGGAAAAUGGAAUAAGUGCAGAUAAGAUAUAACUCGGUGGUGUAUGGGGAUCAAAUCUUGGUGUUGAUUUUCUGCUGCGAAGUUUGUGAAUUCUUGUAUGUUGGAGGCUUUAUGAUUUAUUUAUUUUUGCAAAAAUCAGCAUGCACACUUUAUUAAAGUCUCGGACAAAUGAAGCAAUAGGACUUUAUUAUGAUCACAUGCAUAGAUUCGCAUGCAGAUGUAUAUGUGGAUAUUCAAUUUGCAUCACUGUCUAUUUUUAAAAUCUUUAUCAUGCUACUAUAUGUGUUUCAAUUGGCACUUGUGCCGUACCCAAUAGAUCUUAGCUCUUUAUUAUCACUUUGUAUGACUAGGAUUUGCGACACCCCAAGAGAGAGAGAGAGAGAGAGAGAGCUUUAGUUCUCUCAUAUUGCUUCUUCUUCACUUGGUGCUAAAAAACACGGCUGUUUUGGAUGCCAUGCAGAUAUUCUUCCUCCAGGGAAGGCUCAUAUUCGGACCAGACGUGAGGUCGCUGUUCCUCACCAUCUUCCUCAUCGUCGCUCCAGUUUCAAUCUUCUGUGCCUUCGUCGCCAGGAACCUCAUGGACGACUUCUCCCAUCACUCGGGCAUAUCCAUCAUGGUCAUCGCCGUCGUCUUCACCAUAUACGUGAGUUCCCCCCUCCUCUCCUCCCCCCACCCCCCCAUCUCCUCUCAAGUUCCACCUCCCACUCAUGGCGGCCCCUCUCUCCUUCCUUCCCUACAGGAUCUGGGUCUUCUCCUCCUCACCUCCGGCAGAGACCCUGGCAUAAUCCCCCCCAACGCCCACCCCCCCGAACCAGAGAGCGGCGGCGAUGCUGCGGCAGAUGGCCAGACGCCGCAGUUUCGGAUGCCCCGCGUGAAGGACGUCGUCGUCAAUGGGAUCACGGUGAAGAUCAAGUACUGCGACACCUGCAAGCUCUAUCGGCCCCCCCGGUGCUCCCACUGCUCCAUCUGCAACAACUGCGUGGAGCGCUUCGACCACCACUGCCCGUGGGUCGGGCAGUGCAUCGGCCUGGUAAGCGAGCAUAAUCCCUUUUCCUAAGAUUUUAUUUUAUUUUCUUUAUUUUUUUAGAGCUCGCCAUUGCCGCCGGAUCUGACUCGUUUCGAGCUCUGGGUCUGGGUUGCAGAGGAACUACAGGUUCUUCUACAUGUUCGUCUUCUCCACCACGCUGCUCUGCCUGUACGUGUUCGGGUUCUGCUGGGUUUACAUCAGGCGCAUCAUGGACUCCCACGAGACGACGGUGUGGAGGGCGAUGGCCAAGACCCCCGCUUCCGUUGUUCUCAUCGUCUACACCUUCGUCUGCGUCUGGUUCGUCGGAGGCCUCUCCGUCUUCCAUCUCUAUCUCAUCAGCACCAACCAGGUGAGUGGAAUCAGCCCCAUUGAUAUCUCUCUCUCUCUCACACACACACACAGAUUCUUUCUCACUCAUCGAGAAGAAUUCAUAUUCAUAUGCUAAUUGAUCUGUGUGUUUCUCUGUCUUGAUCUCGAUCUCGAUCUCGAUGUCGAUCUCUUUCGCUGUGGAUUUGGCAGACGACGUACGAGAACUUCAGAUAUAGAUACGACCGGCACGAGAACCCCUACAACAGGGGGUUGGUGGAGAACUUCAGAGAGAUCUUCUUCUCCAGCAUCCCUCCGUCCAAGAACAACUUCCGCAUGCUGGUGCCACCGGAGGAGACCUUGCCGGCGCGCGCAGUCAGCGGCGGCGGCGGCGGGUUCAUCGGCGGGAACAUGGGGAAGGGCGGCGCCGGGGACCUCGAGUCGGGCCGGAAGCCGUCGUGGGAUCACGACCCGUCGUCGGUCACGGCGGUGGGCGACCUUGAGGCCGGCGAAGGGGCGGCGGUGCUCAAGGACGGCGGUGGCUCCGACAUCGGCGGCGGCGACGACUACCCAUCUGAGAGCUCGGAGAUGUUCGGCAGCGGGCACCACCCACGGCGGUCCAGCUGGGGUCGGAGGAGCGGCAAUUGGGAGAUCUCCCGCGAAGUGCUCGCCAUCGCCGCCGGCAAUGAUGCUGGCGGCGCCGCCAGAAAGGUGUAG